UCAAACCCCAAAAAAUGAGCGCUUCCGCCUCAAUGACGACACUUCCGGUGACGUUAUCAGUCAAGACGUCGUCACUGUGACGCGAUGAUCAGCAGGCCUUCAGGAGCAGGAGCGGUGCUGUAAUUCAUGUCUUGCUGCCAAAGAGGAAGAGGAGAUCCGGGUUUGCAUUGCUUGUAUGGGAGCUGCUUUUGAAAGAUUUGCCGUUCGCAUUAAAGCGUGCAGAAGGCUUUUCUUCCCUGACACAUUUUGAGGGUGAAAGGAUACACAACUCGGGAUAUUCUGUUUUGUUCCUGUUGAUGCAACUUUGUUACAGGUUCCGUGCAGGAGUUGAUGUGCACCAUGCUAAGAUAAAGGCGCGGAACCGUGCUCUGAAAAUGCUAAAGCGACUGGACAAGAUAAGAUUUAGAGGACAGAAGCGUGAUGAGUUCCUGGACAUUGCGGAGUCGCCCAACGCCUCGGACAGCGAAUGCAAUGAUGAUCUCUUGAUAAAACCUCCAGCCUCCGUUAAAGAUGGAGAGGAUAUACGGGACCCUGCUGGUCCAGGGUCCAUGGUCAUGGCAGCUACUAUCCAGGACUACCAGAGGACAGAGGCGGACAGACUCAAUGAGGUCAAGGGUCACCUUGAGAUUGCCUUAUUGGAGAAACAUUUCCUUCAGGAGGAGUUGAGGAAACUUCGAGAGGAGAUGAAUGUUGAGACUCUGAAGCAGGAGCUUGAGAAAGAGAGGUUGAAAAGACUUGACCUUGAGCAAAAGAUGAAUGAAAUCCUUAAGACCAGACCAGAGGACUCCCCUCCUCCCCCUUCCAAAGCUGGUCCUGCUAUCAAUGGAACAGGAGAAAAACAGAAGGAAUCUGUAAGCUCAAAGCUUUGGAAGUGGCUGUAUGAGCGCUUUGGCGUGUACAUGGAGGACUUUCGCUUCCAGCCGGAGGAGAACAUGGUGGAGACGGAGGAACCACUCAGCGCUAAAAGAUUAACUGAAAAUAUGAGGCGACUCAAGCGAGGAGCUAAGCCUGUCACUAACUUCAUGAGAAACCUUUCUGCCUUAUCCAGCUGGCACUCUGUCUACACAUCCGCCAUCGCCUUUAUUAUCUAUAUGAAUGCUGUGUGGCAUGGCUGGGCAAUUCCGAUGUUUCUCUUCUUAGCUAUUGUCCGGCUGUCUUUAAAUUACCUCAUAGCAAAAGGCUGGAGGAUACAGUGGAGUAUUGUGCCUGAAGUGUCUGAGCCAGUAGAGCCUCCAAAAGAAGAAUUGACUGUCUCUGAGAAGUUCCAGUUAGUGCUGGAUGUGGCACAAAAAGCGCAGAACCUGUUUGGAAAGAUGUCAGAUGUUUUGGAGAAAAUCAAAAACCUCUUCAUGUGGGUGCAGCCUGAAAUCACUCAGAAGUUGUACGUUGGUCUAUGGAUGGCGUUCAUUGCAUCUUGCCUGCUGCCAUACAAACUCUUGGGUUUCAUAAUCGGGCUUUAUGCUGGAAUCAAGUUCUUCAUGAUUGACUUUAUCUUCAAGAGCUGCCCCAAACUUAGGGACAAAUAUGACACACCGUACAUUGUAUGGAAAAAUCUGCCAACUGACCCACAGCUCAAAGAACGUCAGAGCGGCAACAUCAGCAGACGGCUGUCUGGCUUUGAAAAGAUCCAGCCUGUUGUGGCACGUGGCAACCUAGUGACUGGGGUGCCAUGUGGUGUUGGCCGUGAUGAGGAGGGAGGGCGAGCUUACAGCACUAAAAGAGGUCCUUUCCAUGAAGUCUUCAGCCUGUCUGAGAAUGAGCGCCCCCUACCAGUAUGCGAGCAUGGGUGGCGCUGCUGCUUGAUCAACAGGGACAGGAAAAUGCCUACUGACUACAUACGUAAUGGCUACCUCUACGUGACAGAAAACUACUUAUGCUUUGAAAGCUCUAGCUCUCGUUCUGCAUCAUCUAAGAAGAAUAAAGUAAUCAAACUCCAAGACAUUACAGACAUUCAGAAGUAUAAGGUUUUGUCAGUAUUGCCUGGAUCUGGGAUGGGAAUCUCAAUUGCCACACCAUCUACUCAAAAGCCUCUGGUGUUUGGUGCCAUGAUUCACCGAGAUGAAGCUUUUGAGGCCAUCAUCACCCAGUACACAAAGAUCAUUGGUGCCACUCCCCCUGUCACAGUAACAAACUCAGAAACGUAGAACAUGUAGUGAAGAGUUUUGCUAAAGCUCCAGUUUUAACAAGGAGCCUUCAUCUGAGGAGCAGCUUCUCAUUCUCCUCUUCAAAGAGGUGCAGGGAUACAGAAAACAAUUAUAAAAAGGAAUCCAUGUCCCUUUGGGUGCCUGUGCUAUGUUGUUAGAAAAGUGUUUUAAAUGGCUCCUUUUUGAUGAGACGUUUGCACCAGUGUUUAUCGUGUAUCUCGUUUGGGAAUUCACAGAGUACCACUGAAAUGCUAUUAUGGAACAGGAGCUGGUUCUCCUCACAGUUUCUCAUCAUGAUUCUCUUUUUGUGCAUCAUGUUUGUGCCCUAUAUGUAAACAAAAAAGUCACCUAAAUUUUAAUGCUGGAGCUGGUUCUUCUUGUUGUUUUUAAAACUCUUCUCACCUGUGUUUCUUUAUGUUCUCUCAGAUUAAUUUUAACUUUUCUUUUUGUUAUUUUUAUUGUAUCGCUUCCGGCCUUGCACAUAAAGACUCUCUGCAGUUUGUGGUGCUGAGAUACAGGGAAUUGCCAGGGGUGGAAGCAUCAUCUCUUAUGAAGUUUAGAUCUGCUGCCCAUUCAGAAGUGCUCAAACAUAUAAAAACAUGGCCUUGUGCUUUAAACCUCUAUGCUGCAAGUAUAGAUUUUACUGGGAAAUUAUGUUGGAAAGCUACUGAAUACUACAAACCACUUCCUGUUCAAAAUUACAAUCCACACUUACAGUUACUCAAUUGAUAGGAAAUUUGUGGACAUUAAGAAUUUGGAUUAUCAGUAAUGUUAAGAAAAUAGACUUUCCACAAAGGGACAGUAAGCAGUAACCAGUUUAUUUUUAGAAUAAAAGAAAUUGCUAAGCAGGACAGUUGAGGUGGGAUUUUGAGAUGGUGUAGAUUGAAAUAUUGGUUGAAUUAAAAGCAUGAAUUUUUUAACAUUUUUUAUGAAAUGGACAAGUAAAAAAAAAAAAAACUUGAA